AUCUUGGAUUCAGCGCCAGAGAGAACCAAGAGCCGCCAGGAUGAACGUCGCUCGUGCUGCUGUCCGCACUUUCACCUCCAGCUCAGUGCGCCGAGCUGCCACAGAAGUUCACCCUGGCUAUAGCAAGAUCCGCAGUACCAUGAACAAAUUCCAGAUUGAUAACGGAAUGCCCAUCCACCUGAAGGGAGGUGUUUUUGACAACCUUCUGUUUGUAAGCACCGUCGUACUCAAUGCCGUUGGUCUUAGCAUGACUCUGGGAUUCAUUUACGAUAUGAGUUUCCCCAAGAAGGCAGAGUAAAGACUCCAUAGAAGAGAAUAAAUAUUUAUAUCAUCCUUCAACAAGAAUAAUCUCGUGUAUAUAUGUGUCUGCCAUUGACGCUAUCAUAAAACUGUACAUGUCAGAUCAAUAAAUUUUAGAAAGGGAACAA